GUUUGAAAAUAGCUGUGUUACAUGGUUGUGAUUUAAUUAACUUUGUUUUGAUCGGAGGAGACCGCGAGAAAGACGCGGAUGGUGGCGUGCGUCGUUAUUAGUCGAUCACUUUUUUUUUCUUAGCCGCGUUUAAUAGUCUCUUUGCUAAUCCUUCGUUCGGGAACGACGCUGCGCGACACGGUCGACCGGAUAAUCGAACGAAUCGCUUUUUAAACUCGGCAUUAAUUAGAUACGCGUUCAAUGCCGCCGGUGCCUUCCCAAGAAUCGCGAUCUAACCUGUCAUCGGGGAAUCGUCGUUUUUCAUCGUCGAGCAGGAGUUUAUUCGUCCUCUUUGCAGUCAACCAUUGUCUUAACAAUUGCAUGGAAAUCUGUGCUGUUCUAAAUAGCGUUGUGCAGUCAUACGCUUGUCUUCCACCUUUAUUUAUAACUUCUUCCUCGACAUAAACAUUACUAGGUUACCCGCUGCUACUGUUUUUUUAAACGAAUGCGUUGCUUAACGAUCCGGUUUGCAUGAGCGAUUCAGUGAGAAAAAUGUACGAAUGAAUUUUUGCUCGUCGAUCAAUAGUUUCUUAAAUUAACAAUACGAUAGUUCCGUAAACAAUAGAGAACUAUUUUCACCCCUUGAAUAUAAGUACAUGCGUACAUAAUGGCUGCCGAAAGAGUACGCGUCGAAUUUAUAGUUCUGGAAAGUUUUAACAGAAUGAUAGAAAAUCAUCGGCUGUGUGAAUGAAAUUGUUACAAUCGUCGAAAUUAUUGCUGUACUUGAACUAGCACAAUGAUAAUCGCUUAUCGUUCAGCGUUGAAUUUAAAACAGUUAUUGAACGUUAACAAGUGAAUGAACAAGAGAAGAUGCCUGGCCACCGUCAGCCUAACACCCUGGAGGGGCUUAGCUUGGGACGCGUGUGUCAACAACUCGACGGGACGUGCCGAAGGCUGCAGGUGCUUUCGCAGGAGUCAUCGGCAGCACAAGUUCUGGCUUAUGCGAAGCAAAAUAUCAGGCCGUACUACAUAAAUGCCCUACCGGCGCGUUUGCGGUCUCAAGUCAUCGAAGAGACUUCCAAGAUGCUGUAUGGACCAGCAUCCGAUGGAUCGACUUUGAUUUCUGGACCGGCUCCCCUGUAUCUACUAGCCCUGCUUUUAGGACACGACAUAAAGCAGUUGAAAGUGUAUCUGUGUUGCUACUACGGAUGCAGCCAUCAGACGUCGCUGUUAAAGCUGCUCGCGACCGAAGGAAUUGGGCUAGAAUCUCUGAAGUUGGCCCGUUCUGCUUUGCUCAGAUUAGAUUGUAAACUAUUGAAAUGUGCUCUGAUGAACAUGAAGAACCUGAUAAGUUUGUCUCUUCGGAAUAUAGCCAGUGAUGCCGUGCUCCAAGUUGUGGGAAAAGCUUGUCCAAAAUUGGUUGUUUUGGACGUUGCUUGUUCCAGACAAGUCACAGAUGUAGGAUUGAAGCAAUUGCUGUUGCAAGUAGAGAUUAGAGAUAAAAUGCCUCAUGCGGCUAUGCAAGAAGCCACCAGUUGGUCCAGAUUAAAAAUGCUAUUGUCAAAAUUGAAAAUGAGGAACUCUAAGUCGGAGAAAAAAGAGAAACAAGGCGUACUGUUGGAGUAUUAUGAAAGCAGAAACCCUCUUUGUGAUACACUCAGAGUACUUAAUGUCGCUAACACUGGUGUGACCAGUGCAGGUGUAUUGUUGGCUCUGGUGCACGUGCCAAGAUUGGAAUCCUUGGCAGAAUACUGUCACAUGGGAAGAGUGGUAGAAAUUAUGAACAAAGGACUCAUCGGAUUCAAAACUCCGUUUAGUUUGACUCAAGCGAGAAGUUGCAGAACCACACCAAUACGUUUGGAGCUUUUGGCACAGGCAUGCCCGAAAGUGGAAAAACUACAUAUCUCUGAGCCGCACCACUCCCCAGAAGCAUUGCGACUGUUUCCUUAUGUUACUUCUUUAAGUGUCCGCAAUAUCCCAUCCCAAGAAGAAUGGUUGGAAGGAUUCUAUGCCUAUCUACGCACAAACGGUCACAAUUUACAGGAACUGAAUCUCAGAAUUAAUCAAAACGAGAAUCCUAUUCAGGUGGACUUGAAAGAAAUUUUCAACAGCUGUAAUAAUCUCAGAAUAUUCACUAGCGACGGUUCUAACAUAAUUUGGUCGGAAGGAUCCGAUCCUCCUCCUCUUAAGUACUUAAAGAGAGUCAAAUUAGGACGCACAGUGAGUGCUGUAGCAAUUACCAAAAUCUUUCUGUUAGCACCGGAAUUAACGGCGUUACAUGUUCACAGUUGUUUCGAUCUCACGAACGAACACUUAGAAAAGUUGUUAGGUGUGUCCGCGAAGCCAAAAAAUCCGCGAAAGUCUGACAAAUGUGAAAAUAGUCUAGUGCAGAACCUAACAUGCUUUUACAUAUACGAGGCUAGCAAAGUGUCUGCGUCCACUGUGCUGAAUAUGUUUCAACAUUGCAAGAGACUGAGAAGAAUUGGAAAUCUAGCGAACUGGGGGUUGGACUGCGAAGGUAUUAUAAUGUUAAGAACAACGCUGAUCCGGACGAAUCUGGAUGUGGAUUUGUGCCCGGGAGAGCAUUGGUUCUGGAGCAAUUGUAUCCAGUGAUGUUUCCUAUAUAUUCUGUACGGAUACGUUAAACGAUCCGUGCAGCUCCGAUAAUGUUUGGUUCACGAUAAUAGGUUGCUAUAUCAUUCGAAUCUAUUGCACUCUGAUAGACUGUAAAUUUGUCAGUAUUAAAAGGUAUCUUAAUAAAUAUAAGGCAAUUUAUAUUUGAAAAAAGUGCAAGGAAACGUUCAUUGCAUAGUAAAUGUACAUCGACAUAAAAGUCUAGCAACAGUAAUUGGUCACCUUACUAUCUGCGUUCAAUUGUACGCCUUUCAUUAUUAUACGAUAAUGAUGUACUGAAUAUAAUAUAAAGAAGAAGAAGAAGAAGAAGUAUAUUUUUAUGCCAUGUUAUGAUAACUUUCUAAACAGUCGGGCUCUUGGUAUUAUUUGGUAACCAAACUCGAGUAACCUGGAUACCCGUGUAUCUAUCAAGAGUUCUACGGCAACAUACUGUUCUAACAAGAAAAUCAAAUUUUUUACGCAAACUCAUGUGCCACGAACACCAUUAAUUAUUCAUCUAACCGAAUGCCAGUAAUUGAACAGACUUCAGACUUGUAAAUUGUACAACUACUUUUUAAUUGUCUAUAGCUAAGUACUUAAAGAAGAAUCGAAAUAAAGAAAAAUCUUAAUUUCUAUUGUAACGAUUAACUGCAAUAUGAAUUUUAUAUAUGUAUACAUGUAAUAUUAGGUAUAUACGUAUAGAAAUAUAUUCACAUUGAAUUUCAAAUUAAUACGACACGGACUACGCAUGUGUAUCGUAACUUUGGAAUACAAUAAAGAAUCGUUUUCGAAGUACCAGUGAA